GGGGGUGUGUGUGGGUGGGGGGGGGGAGGUCUCGCCGUGACCAUGAUCUGAUGGUAUUUAUAAAUAAACCGCACAGAGGCUGCGGGGAUGGCAGCCAAGGAUAAUAAACAUGCCAGAAAAAGAAAAUGUCAAAAUCACAGCCGAACUGCUCAAGUCACGCACUGGGGAAUUCGACCUGGAAUCCAUCCUGUUCCUCAAACUAAAUAAUCUCAGAAUCUGCAAUCUUGGCUGCAUUGGAGAAUGUGUAAACCUGGAGAGGUUGGAUCUAUCAGGGAAUGAAAUCUCAAACCUGGCUCCUCUGGCAUCACUAAAACUUCUUACAGUACUCAACUUGUCAGCCAAUAGGAUCAUAAAUCUUGAUCCUCUGAGCUCUUGUGAAAACCUGCAGAGCAUCAACCUAGCAGGAAAUCUAAUCAGCAGUGUUGAUGCUCUUCGUUCACUAAUUUAUUUGAAGAAUUUGGAGAGCAUUCGAUUGCAAGAUAAAAUCUGCAACUUCAGUAAUCCAAUUUGUAUGAACACUGCAUAUCGGAGUACAGUAUUGGAACUCUUUCCAAAUAUAAAGGUCUUAGACGGAGAAAGGGUGUCAGGCAGGGGCAGUGACUUGUAUCAGCUCUGCAAAGAUAUUGAUGCUUCUCUAAAAGGAUUUUACAAUAAUGACCUCACAUGUGAAUUACUUGGUCCUAAACGUUGGGUAGAGAAGGAUUACUGGGAAUUCAAACCAGUUCUGAGUACUGCCAUUGCUGAUGCUACUAAGAAGUUUUAUGAUGUUGUGAAAGAAUGCCGACAGCUAAACAGCACGGCUGCUGAUGCCAUUGCAGUAACAAAAAGGACCCUAAAUACAAUGAAUUAAAAUGUGCACUUGAAACAAUGGGUGGAUUAAUUAUUGUAACCAAGAAAAAUGCCUUUAAAUCCAUUGUCUUCAGAUCAAUUUGAAUUUUCAUAAACUCCUACUGAAGGCAAAAUAAAGACCUCUUAUGUUUUUUUUCCAAUUGCUGCAUUUGACAGAUUUUUUUUCUUUGAAUCUUUGCUAUACAAAGAUGAAAUUGUAUAGAAAACCUUGAAACCUACACCGAUUUUAAAUAUGUUCCUCUACCUCAUUUUCAGGAAACAGGAUAGCCUUUUGCCAGUUUUACACCUUUCUAAAUCCUUACUUGUUCUAUUAUUGCAUCUUUAUCACCUAUUGUUAUGAAUAAUUCAGCACAGACAUUGUUGUAAUGUUUUACUACCCUGUAUAUUUGAGUUUAAUGACUGAAAUCAAACAUGCAUGUCUGUGCAUUGUAUUUAUGGUGACUUUAAAAAUGACCAAGCAAAAUGAUAAAAAGUAAAUAAA